AUCAAAUACAUGACCUAAUUCUCAAGAUCAACUAAGCUAUUCGUGCGGAUAAGAUUCAAUCAAAUCUAGAAACGGAAGGAAGGAUGUUGAAAACAAAAUUUAAAAAAAUGGGCGUUUUUGGCGGAGCCUACGUUUCCCUUCUCAUCUUUUCCACGAUGUUACUAGCGGCGGAGGCUAAAAUCCCAGGCGUAUACACCGGCGGCGCGUGGCAGACCGCUCACGCCACCUUCUACGGAGGCAGCGACGCGUCGGGCACCAUGGGCGGCGCGUGCGGGUACGGAAACCUAUACAGCCAAGGCUACGGGGCGAACAACGGAGCCCUGAGCACAGCCCUGUUCAACAAUGGCCUCAGUUGUGGGGCCUGCUUCGAGCUCAAGUGUGACGGCGACAAGUCUUGCUUUCCCGGCAGCCCGUCCAUCGUCAUCACCGCCACCAAUUUCUGCCCUCCCAAUUUUGCUCUGCCCAACGACAAUGGCGGCUGGUGCAACCCGCCCCGCGCCCAUUUCGACCUCUCCAUGCCCAUGUUCCUCAAGAUCGCCGAGUACCGCGCCGGAAUCGUUCCCGUCACUUACCGCCGGGUCGCGUGCAGGAGGGGAGGAGGAAUCCGGUUCACGAUGAACGGCCACCGUUACUUCAACAUGGUUCUGGUGACCAACGUGGGCGGCGCAGGGGACAUCGUGAGGGCGAGCGUGAAGGGGUCGAAGACGGCGGGUUGGAUAGAGCUGAGCCGGAACUGGGGGCAGAACUGGCAAACCAACGCCCUCUUGACCGGCCAGUCCCUCUCCUUCCGCGUCAAAGGCAGCGACGGCCGCUCCUCCACCUCCUGGAACAUCGCCCCCGCCACCUGGCAGUUCGGCCAAACCUUCGUCGGCAAAAACUUCCGCGUCUGACUGAAUGAAUGAAUACCCCCCGU